AUGCAUGAAACGGAGCUCCACGAUCUGUCGGAUGACGCUGAUUACGCUGCGUCGAUUCAACAAGGUUCAGAGAGCAUUUAUCGUGGCGACAGCAGCAAACAGAGCUCAGGAAGCGACCCAGAGGGUGCGGAAAUUGUGUAUUUGAAAGAUAACGUGGCAAUUCAUCCAACUCAAUAUGCGUCGGAGAGGAUCAGCGGCCGAUUGAAGUUGAUUAAACAAGGAAGUUCUCUUUUCAUGACUUGGAUUCCAUACAAUGGGCAAAGUUCUAAUGCGAGGUUGUCUGAGAAAGAUAAGAACCUUUAUACUAUUAGAGCAGUUCCGCUUUCUGAAAUUCGAUCAAUACGUAGACAUACUCCAACUCUAGGGUGGCAAUAUGUUAUUGUGGUUUGUUCAUCAGGACUAGCAUUUCCUCCUCUUUACUUUUACAAUGGUGGAGUUAGAGAAUUUCUUGGAACUAUUAAGCAACACGUUUUGCUUGUGAGGUCAGCUGAAGAUGCUAAUGUAUUUCUUGUGAACGAUUUUCAAGAUCCUCUACAGAGAACUCUAUCUUCUUUGGAGCUUCCCAGGGCUGUUUCUGUUGCAAAUGGUCCCUCUCCAACUCUUUCUACUGAAUCCGCCUCUGGUGGUGAUCCAGAAAAUGGUGCUUCUGAUCAAAGCUCUAUUAGUUUUCAGCAAAAUGGCAGGCAGAGGCAAAAACAUAAUGAUCCUGCUCGGGAUAUUUCAAUUCAAGUGCUAGAGAAAUUCUCUCUUGUCACCAGAUUUGCUCGUGAAACAACUUCCCAGCUCUUCCGUGAAAGUCAUAUUGAUGGCUUUACUCCUAAUGAAAGGAAGAAGCACAAUCAGUCUACCCAUGAGCACCAGAGUGUUAUCACGUCUAAUGAUUCUCUAAAAGUUCCAGAGGAUGUUCCUGUAACCUCAGAUACCCCCUCCGAUCCCCUGGAGUUUGAUAGAUUAUCACUAGUAUGGGGAAAACCACGACAACCACCCUUGAGACGUGAAGAGUGGACUACAUUUUUGGAUUCUGAAGGGCGAGUGAUGGAUUCAAAGGCGUUAAGAAAGAGGAUCUUCUAUGGAGGAGUGGAGCACAAUUUGCGAGCGGAGGUUUGGACAUUCUUAUUGGGACACCAUGAAUAUGGUUCAACAUAUGCAGAGAGGGAAUACCGCAUGUCCAUAAGGAAGUCAGAGUAUGAAACUAUAAAAAAACAAUGGCAGAGCAUCUCGUCGGAGCAGGCAAAAAGAUUUACAAAAUUCAGGGAGAGGAAAGGCCUUAUCGAGAAGGAUGUGGUGAGGACUGACAGGUCGCUCUCAUUCUACGAUGGGGAUGAAAAUCCUAAUGUCUAUCUUUUACGUGACAUACUGUUGUCAUACUCCUUCUACAACUUUGAUCUUGGGUACUGUCAGGGCAUGAGUGAUCUUUUGUCCCCAAUAUUAUUUGUCAUGAGAGAUGAAUCAGAGUCAUUUUGGUGCUUUGUUUUCCUGAUGGAACGUCUUGGACCCAAUUUCAAUCGUGACCAAAGUGGGAUGCACUCUCAACUUUUUGCAUUGUCAAAGCUGGUGGAGUUGUUAGACACUCCAUUGCAUAACUAUUUUAUGCAGAAUGAUUGCUUGAAUUAUUUCUUCUGUUUUCGCUGGAUUCUUAUACAGUUUAAAAGGGAAUUUGAAUAUGAGAAAACAAUGCGUUUGUGGGAGGUAUUGUGGACACAUUAUCUGAGUGAGCAUCUGCACCUUUACGUAUGUGUUGCAAUCUUAAAGAGAUACCGCAGCAAGAUAAUGGGGGAGCAGAUGGAUUUUGACACGCUCCUAAAAUUUAUCAACGAACUGAGUGGUCACAUCGACCUUGACGCAAUCCUCAGAGAUGCAGAAGCACUGUGCAUUUGUGCUGGUGAGAACGGGGCUGCCUGUAUUCCUCCUGGAACUCCACCUUCAUUGCCUCUCGAGGAUCCCAUGGCAUAUCCUCAACUGGAUGAUGAUAUAUUGUAG